UCUUCUUCUUCUUCUUCUUCUUCUUCUACUGACCGCUUUGCAUUCGCAUUUGCAUUUGCAUUUGCAUUCUCAUUCUCAUUCUCAUACAUUUGCUUCUUCUUUUUCUUCUUCUCCUCCCAAAUAAUGGAGGCUUCUGGACAGGUGAAAGCGGCCCUCGAGGUCGCGCCGUCGUUUCCGCAGCCGUCGCCGUCGCCGCUCCGGAAGAUGGCGGCGGUGGCGUCGAUAGCGGCGGGCAUCCAAUUCGGGUGGUCGCUGCAACUCUCGUUGCUGACCCCCUAUGUACAGCUCCUGGGUAUUCCCCACAAAUGGUCUUCCCUGAUUUGGCUCUGCGGGCCGGUUUCCGGCUUGGUGGUGCAGCCGCUGGUGGGGUACUACAGCGACCGCUGCACCUCCCGGUUCGGGCGGCGCCGCCCCUUCAUCGCCGCCGGGGCAGGGCUUGUCUCCAUCGCCAUCAUCCUCAUCGGCUUCGCCGCCGACCUCGGGCACCUCUCCGGCGACCAAAUCGGGGGGAAGCACAAGCCCCGGGCCAUCACCGUGUUCGUGAUCGGGUUUUGGAUUCUCGACGUCGCCAACAACAUGCUCCAGGGCCCGUGCCGGGCGCUCCUCGCCGACCUCUCAGCCGGCGACCACCGUAAGACGCGCACGGCCAACGCCUUCUUCUCCUUCUUCAUGGCCGUCGGAAACGUCCUCGGGUUCGCCGCUGGCUCCUACAGAAAGCUCCAUAACGCCUUCCCGUUCGCCUCCACAAAAGCCUGCGACGUCUACUGCGCGAACCUGAAGAGCUGUUUCUUGAUCUCCAUCACGAUUCUCCUCGUUCUCACCACCAUAGCCCUCACCACAGUGCGGGAAACCCCACUCUUGAAACCGCCGGAAGAGGAUGGCGACGUCGACGGUACCGAGAAGGGUGGAUCCCGGCCGGUCCCUUUCUUCGGGGAACUACUGGGUGCGUUCAAGGACUUGCAGAGGCCCAUGUGGAUCUUACUCGUGGUGACGUGUCUCAACUGGAUUGCCUGGUUCCCGUUUCUCCUCUUCGACACCGACUGGAUGGGUCGGGAGGUGUACGGCGGCGACGUCGACGGAACGGCCGCCCAGAAGGAUCUGUACGAUCACGGCGUCCACGCCGGUGCGUUGGGGUUGAUGUUGAACUCGAUCGUGCUGGGCUUGGUGUCUCUCGCCAUCGAGCACUUGGCGCGUGGGCUCGGCGGAGUGAAGCGCCUGUGGGGCAUCGUGAAUUUCCUGCUGGCGGUUUGUCUCGCCAUGACGGUGGUGGUUUCCAAAAAAGCCGAGUCCAUACGCCACAGCAACGGCGGGGCCACAACGAAGCCCGAUAACGGCGUCAAGGUCGGCGCUUUGGUGAUCUUCUCGGUCCUUGGGAUCCCCCAAGCGGUGACUUACAGCAUUCCUUUCGCUCUGGCCUCCAUUUUCUGUAAUGCUGCCGGCGCCGGCCAAGGCCUUUCUCUGGGAGUUCUCAAUCUCUCCAUCGUCAUCCCACAGAUGGUGGUGUCCGUAGCAAGUGGGCCGUGGGAUGCCCUGUUCGGAGGUGGGAACCUGCCGGCGUUCGUCGUGGGAGCCAUUGCAGCGGCGGUGAGUGGUGUUUUGGCAAUCACCAUGCUGCCGUCUCCGCCGCCAGAUAAGUCGGCCAACGUUUCCUUGUCGGGCGCUUCAUUCCAUUGAGGAAAAAACUUAGGGUUUUGGAGUACAUGAAUGAUCUUAUAACCUUUAUUUUGCUUUGCAUGUUGAGCUCUCUCUCUCUCUCUCUCUCUCUCUCUCUCUCUCUCUCUCUCCCUAUCUCUCUCUGUCUGUAAUUUGGGUAGGCAAGAAGAAGAAGAAGAAGAAGAAGAAAGGCCAUUUGGGGGGCCGGGAUAGCGUAUAGCUGACUGUGCCAGUGUUAUGGACGCUAAAGCGUGGUGCAGUCUAUGGUUGAUCUCAAGCAUAAUCGACCCUUUUUCUGUGUGUG